UUUGUGUGUAUUUUUAUAGAGUUUACCGGUGUUAAGCUGGUUGAGCCAUGGCAACCAAACUCGGGUCGAGUCCAAGUACAAAUAGGAGACUCAACGUGGCUCGAUGUGUGUAAUAUGAUGUGGGAUGACAAAGACGGACAGGUUGUCUGUCGGCAGCUGGGAUUUCAGGGGCUGCCUGUAAGCACGGAACGCCGUCGUUUUACAACGAGAGAAUCUGGAGCAGUCAGGGAAUUCAAAUGCAAUGGAAUGGAGUCUUCACUGUCGGAGUGCGAACACAAAACUGCUAAAGACUGUGGCCGUAACAACGAUGGAGCCGGAGUGACAUGCACCCCUUUUCCAACAACGAAACCACCCACCGAAGCGACAACUGCAGUACGUUCAACAGCAGACAGAACAACCAAUGGAGCAACGUCUCAAGAACCAGACCGAAUAACACCCAGCAUCACCGGCACCACCGACACAGAUGAGAUGGGAGGAACCACGGCCAGGGAGGCAGUCACUCCCGCCCAGACUACAGGAGAAUCCGUCCAAAACUCCCCGAUGACAAUUUGGACCAGGAGCGAUGCAUCCACGAACCCAGAACUCACGCGGUCGCCCAACGAGAGAGACGGCACAACGGCCGAUUCUACAGCCGGAGACGGGGGAUUUGAUUACCAAGGCUCAAAUUCAGGAACAUACAUUGGCCUCGCAUUAGGAUGCGUCCUGUUCGUCGUGUGCGCUAGUUUAAUUGUCGUCUGUCUUCUAAAGAGACACAAGAGGCAAGACAAAGCCGCCUUGCAGCCAUCUGCCGGCUUUCAACAACACAGCGCCGUCUACGAUAACUCACAAGGAUCAAAUCAUCUCAAGAUGGGAGAGCUUCACUCGCAGGCCGAGAAGGCCGCUCCUAAACCAGCCGACGACUCAGCAGAAUACGCUUACUGCGCUGUGGAGGGAAGAAAUCUAGAGGUCGAGGCAGGAUACGUUGCUCCUCAUCCAUCACCGGUCAAGACCCCUCAGGAACAUCCGGUGUCUUCAAAACAGAAGCCGAGCAGUGAGUUUGCAGGGAAAAUAGCAAAUCCAUACCACCUAGAACUCGAUAGGAAAAUAGCUCAGGAUGAAAAGAGACCGAAAUCAGAAACAGAAUACGACGACGCGCACUACCUUAAACUGCAGUUGGAUUCUCCUAAACCGGUGACGACUGACCAGGUUGCCGGGGGUACCGACUACUUCACCGUUGAGGAGAGAGGAGAUUUGGUCGAAAACGGGCAGUACACUACCGGAGUGGUCGGGGAAAAGGCCACAAUCAAACCGGCCGGUAAGCCUAAGCAAACUUCAGAUCCUUCAGAUGAAGAUGACGUCGACGACCACUACUACUCGUACGCCAAACCAGACACUGCCAACAAUUCGGAUCCUCCGGAAGACAACGUGUACACAUACGCAGAUGCGCCGAGAGAGGGCGCCAACAACAGACCACCAAACACCGACUACUUCAUGAUUGAGGAAGGGGGUAACUCCAUGGGUUCCCCGCUGUACAACGCCGGAGAGAAAGGUGCCAAGCAACCAGCGACGGAGAGUGAGUAUGCCUACGCAGAUCCCACCCAGCUUCGCGAAGAGUCGCCCGACGAAACCGAGGGGUGGGUGGAAAAUAUCGUGUAUGUUGCGGGUCCGUGAAAUAGGCGUCGCGAAAAGAAAAAAAUAAUCAAAAAAUCCUAUACCUAAGCUAAGUAGUCAAUACUUCAAGUCACAUGUUUAAUUAUCACAAGUGACUUAGAAGUCAUCCUGUCUCAAGUCAAGUAAUAGACUUGGUUUAACUAUGAAAAGCUACUCCAUUCAAUCUCAAUACGAGAGGCAUAGUUAUCAAAAUGAACCUUAAAACUCACAUUUACUUGUGACAUUGUAUUAAUGGUGAGGAAACGACCGACUUACAACUCUCCCCAAUGUGUACAUAAUUAGGCCUAUGUGACUGUAAUAUCUGGGGAAAUUAUUUGAGAGCAUCCAUCCCAAACAAAGCUUGAAUAAGUAUUUGUUUUGGUUUUUGAAUUGUUUCAUUUGUUUGUAUUAAUAACAAAUUGGAUUUUAGUUUUCCAAUUGAUGCAAGGUACAAUUUUGUACAAAAAGAUAAAAGACUUUAUCAAUCUGCACAGUUAAGGUUAAAUAAUGAAUACCGUUAUCAUAUGUCAUGUUUCUUUCCUGAGUAAUUUAGCAAUAAUCCGAACUGAAAAACUUCGCUUUUCAUAAGGAAAAAAUAGCUGUAUUCGCUUGUUUAAUAUCACGUUGCGCCGCUGGCGCUAGCGCUGAAUCGAAAUUUGAUAUAAGGAUUGAUUUCGUAGUACAUUGUCUGUUUUUUUUUAUGCUUUUAUCCAGCUGUACAUACUUAAAAGGGAAAAAGUAUACAUCAGGAAAAACCUGAACCUUAUCACAAGCUUUAUUUAACACAACGAAGACUUGCUUAAUAUAAGUGCGAUUGCUUGAUUUUCUUUUAAGAUAUAAACUGUAUAUAAUUUAAGCCGAAAACAAUUAAUUUCUUCUACUAAAACAAUGUCUAGAUACAAAUGUAAAUUUUCCAAGGUGUGGAUAAUACUCUUAGUAUUGUUUACAUCUUAUUUGAUAAAUUUCCUUGAAUGUUACUUCAAAUAUACCACAUUUGCUUUGUUGUAAUUUUCAGAAAUUGAUGGAUUUUGGGGAUUCAUAUUUUAUAGCAGAUACUGUUAAACUGACCUGUUUUGUGUUCAUACUGGGGAAAAAACAAGAAAAAAUGCUCAUCUUGUAGUUUGGAUCCCUGACCCUAUAUACUUCAGACAAAACGGAGCAAUUCAAAGACGUCGGUGAAUUGUCAGGUCAGGGAACCAGAGUACCUGGAAUGCACCCGUUCGUGGAUGUAUAACAGAUUGCAAGCAAAACUAAAUUUGGUAAAUUGGGGAAGAAUUUUUUAAAAGUCAUUCCCCUCCCCCUUAACGUGGUCGGCUUGGGUAUAUUAUUCACUUACAGUCAAGUGAGGUAUUUUAUAAUUGUGUGGUAUUUUGUUUAUGUUUGCAAAUGUUUUAUAUUUGCCUUAUAUAUACCUUGUAUGGUGAAAAUAUACAUCUGUCUAUAUCACUUGCUUGACGACUGGAAGUUAAUUCAACUCGCUCAGAACGAAUAAACAAUGAUGAACAGAGUAAACUAAUCU